AUGUUGGUACUAAUCCUUGUGUGGGCGGUGGAGUUUACAUUGGAGUUCAACGUUGAGACCAGCACCAGGGGAAACUAUCGUGAUUUCAUUCAGAAACUGCGAGUUCGACUUGAAGUGAGAUCUUCCCACAAUCGUCCUGCUCUCGCUAUUCAGCAGAACCCACCCACUCGAUUCUUCGAUUUGGUUUUACGAAUCAAUGAUCAUUCUGUGAGGUUCAGGUUCCGAAUGGACAACGUCUACUUGCUUGGCUACCAAAUGGAAAAACGCAGGUGGUUAGAGUUCGGGCACAGGAACCAGAAAAAAGAACUUGUGCAGCUAAUUACAAAACAUGGGACCGACUGCCUAGGUUUUGGUUGUCGCUACGAGGAAAUAGAAAGAGCUGCUCAUCGAUCAACUGAGGAGACGAGUGGGGACCACAGCCUAGCAUUUGCCAUAAAUCAACUUGCUGUAACAAAAGCUGGGAGGCUAGGGCACGGUCUAAUUGUUGUGAUUAUGAUGAUUUCUAAAUCCGCCAGACUCGUUCCAGUAUCUGACCAUCUGGCCCAAAGUUUUGACAACAGGCCCGGCACUACUCCAUUGUUGCGUGCUGCUGAUGCUUACCCAGAAGAAAGGUUUCAACUUCGACCAAACAACAUACGAAUCCCACCAGAGAACAGAGAAAUAAGAACUAUUGCCGAUGCUAUAGCAAUACUAGUGCGAAUCGAUAAUAUAGAUAAUGAGGAUCCUGGGGAACUGUAUGGAACAAUUACAAUCAAUAAUGGGUUGUACACACAAUAUAUCUACAACCGUACGAGGGACAACUAUGAAUCCAUCAAUGCAUGUCAAGAUGUUACGUUAACUGGGGCAUCUGAAUCUGUCUUUGCCUUUGGCAAUGUUACCAAAACUCCUUCUCAUUGA